AUGAAUCACGAGGAAAAUCAAGGUCUAUUGCACAGUGUUCUUGGGUUCUUCGCUCGAAGAGCGCCCGAAAGGUCUACGCAGUCAAGUUCGGUGGGCUCCAGAGCGGCUGACGCCUGGAUGCGCGCCGAUGCAUUUCUCCAACAUGAAGACAAUGAGGUUGGCGCAAGGGACCCUGAACAGGUAGAAAGAGCGCUGAGAGCGUUCGAUAAUCUGAUUGAACACGAGCCCAGUGGAGAGGCAGAUCCAACCGUACACAUGAACACGCCAUAUCCAAAGCUCCGUCGCGCGAUAUAUCAGAUGGAAAGCAACACAGGCCCUGAUUCACGUCCGACCAUUCGCAUCAGCAAACGCAAGCGAGAGAGCGACGUUGCCAUGGAAGCGCUUGAGAACUUGGAUAAGGAUGCAAAGAAGCGUCGUUUUGUGAUACGCGAGGACCCUACCAUGGACGAUGACGCAUUUGAGCCCGGCGCAGAAGAAGCCAUCGAGAUGAGGAAACGAUCUAUGUCCUUGCAUCAGGGACUGCAGGCUCAGUGGAAAUGCGUUUGUCACAAGUGCUCAGGUUUGAGCGUGAGGCUCUCAUUGCCCCAAAGAAAUACGGGCUCGCAAGGAGAAACAUGCUUCGAUGUAUUUUUUGGUGUGCAUGACCCGAUCGAGAAGCACUCGUUGCAAGAAGCCAGGAUAACGGUCAAAGACGUACAAAACGACAAGACUAGGAGCACCCAUAUCUCACCCGCCAUAUUGUCUCAAUUUGUGAACAUCUGCGAGAGUAUCACCGAGUCAUUGGACCAGCGACUUUGCUUGAGUCUUCUUUUUCAGGACGGCUUGUUCAAAAGGCUUCGCCCGCAACCGAAAACCUUUGGCGACUCCCCAAUGCCUCGGACAAAAUCUUUAACGAACCUUUUCGAACGUCAAGAGGGACUAGUGGGAGGUGCAUCAGUCCUUCCACUCAAAGGGAAACGAGUUUUAGCAGUCGUAAUUGCCACGGCUUUGCUUCCGUUUUUGGAGACGCCGUGGGUACAGCCUUCUUUCACUCACUCAAGCAUUCAAUUCUUCCAGCCUCUGGAUGGCGAGCUACCCAACAUCACCAAGCCGUUCUUGGAUAUGCGACAAGCGCCUGUCAUUUCACCUCAUAGACCGGUCUUUGCAGACGGCCAGACCGAAGUGGCCAACUCACACAUGAUACAUCCUAAUGCCAGCGUGCUAGCGCUAGGCAUUCUCCUAUGCGAGCUUCAUUACUGCAAGCCUAUAGAGUCAUGGCAAGAAAACCCAAGCGCGAUCCGAGAUCUCAACGCUUGCUUCUACACCAGUCUGGAUGUUCUCAAGAACCUGGAAGCCGACGCUGGCGUAGAUUACUAUCUAGCCACCAAAGCAUGCUUGCAGUGGGAAUAUCUCCCUGUUGGAGAGCCUGAUAAGAGCUUUGAGUCUGCCAUUGUUCAACGACUGUUCUAUCAAAAUGUCAUCAAGCGUCUCGAGUCUGAACUCUUUAGAGCAUGGCAUCUUCGACCGGAGGAUUUAAAUGUUUUAGACCCACGGGUAAACGAAUUCUGCUGGGGCCCAAUUGGCCGAGAAGUUGUGCACGCUACAGCAAGCAAGCACGAGCCUGUCAGAAGCAAAUCAGAACCCGUAGUCACUUUGCAUCCAGCUCCUAGAAUGAGUCCGAGCGACGCUCUGCAGAAUCAGGCCAUACACUUGCAAAUGCCUAUCGUGCGACAAGGUCGAAGUCGUUCACCAGCCCCGCAGCGAAUGGAUACAACUGCUCAGAACUUAUACCUUUUUGAUGCGACUUAUCAUACAGUCUCUGAACUCGAUACUGCUCUGUCGGAAAAAUGGAUGGACGAUGUGUUGUCCUCGAUCCGUCGCCAUGUUAACCCACUCAACCAUGCCGUGCAACCGACCAGAGGACGACAUGGGUCUAGAAUAUCCGAGCCAGUGCGUAUCGCAGUUUUAGAUUCUGGGUUUGACCCUGCAAGCCCACACAUCGAGAAUGACACCCCAAGGAUCCAGGGCAUUCAUAGCUUUGUACCCGAGACUGAGCCGUUGGACAUGCAAGAUGAGAUUGGGCACGGCACUCAUACUCUUGGUCUCCUCCUCAAAUUCGCCACCUGCGCCGAGAUCUAUGUGGCUAAGAUCGCGAAUGAGGAGACGUUGGGUCACGGCAGCUACGAUGCCAUCACACAGGCGAUCAAUCACGCAGUCACCGAAUGGAAUGUUGACAUCAUCACAAUGUCGUUUGGAAUACGUGAGUAUCACGAGCCUAUGAAGAAUGCAAUAGUGAAUGCAUUGUCUAAAGGUACACUCAUGUUUGCUGCAGCAUCGAACGACGGAGCGAAUUUUGGGCGCGCCUUUCCGGCCAGAUAUCCCAGCGUAUUCUGUAUACAUGCGACUGACGGAAAUGGCAACCCGUCUUCAUUCAACCCAACUGCGGAUGAGAAAGACGUGAAUUUCAGUUUGCUAGGGCAAUCUGUGCGCUCGCAUUGGCCGAUUGGGAUCAAAGACCACCAUGACGAUGUCAACGUUGUGUCGGGGACUUCAGUAGCAACGCCAAUCGCGGCUGGGCUUGCAGCUUCGUUGCUGUCAUUUGUCCGCCAAGAAGAACAGGGUCUCCCUCCUGAGAGUGAUUUGUUAGGCCCCUGGUUGAAAGACGUUCAUUCUAUGGACGCGGUGUUGAAGAGUAUGGUCAAGCAGAGGAGAGGCCAAGGCUAUGAUUACAUCACGCCUCAUGUGUUGUUUGAUAAAGACUCAUCAAGGCAACAUGUCUACAACAAGAUCAUGGAUAUCAAAAAGCAUAUGUACGACUAA